CAAGGAUUGAACGUUACCAGUAAACAAACCCCAAAUCCUAUUGAUUAGGAGAGGCCCAUGUUAAAUUUCUUUCUUUAUUUUUUUGUGAUUUAGAUGUAAUUCAUCAAGUGGACCGAUCAGACUCUAUCAGGAGCCCUUCCAUUAAUUACUUCCUAGCAUAACCUUGAUGGUUCAAUUGGUAGACUAGUACAAGGACCAUUAAGGGUUGGCUGGUACAAAGUAAUCGAAAGUUGGCUUGGACUUUGGAGGUAAACAGAUAAGAAUGAAACGAGAAUGCCGAACAAGAUGAAUCAUCAUUUGUUCCGGAAAGUGACGUAGAAAGAGAUCAGUGGGCUUGGCCCAGCUGAGAGUGAAUGGAAAUGGAAGUAGAACAUGGAUUUUGAAUGCGCUCGAUGAAGUAGGGAGUAGGGAAUCCUUUGUGGCAAUAUACAAUCGAAGCAAACAUUAGUGCCUCUGUUCUUUAUACAUUUCUAACUUAAAUUAUUUCAUUUCAAAGACCCUAUGUCCCAUAGUCAACAAACAACCGCGGCUUUCUUCUACCAUAGGAAGAGCUUGCCGAAAAGAGGAAGAUCUGUCUUCUUGUGCUAAAUGGCUAUGGCGACCACGGGUGGCAGUGGUGGAGCAACUGAUGGUGGUACUGGUAGUACUGCAACUAAGAGAAGGGGAUGCUGGUGCUCCAAAGAUGAUUUCUUUCCAGAGGAAUCGUUCCGGAACUGGGGGAGCUAUGUCAAGGCACUGGGUGAAACAAAGGCCAGACUCAAAGAUCGCCUCUUUGCCAGAUCACUUGAUGACAUUGAGCUGAAUCAAGUGCGGGCCCGGAGCCAGCACGAGAUGAAGAAAAGCCUGUCCUGGUGGGAUCUAAUCUGGUUCGGUGUGAGUUCUGUAAUGGGUGCAGGGAUUUUCGUGCUGACAGGUCUCGAGGCAAGGAAUGACGCUGGCCCUGCCGUUGUAAUCUCCUUCGUAGUGUCUGGCAUCUCUGCUCUGCUCUCUGUGUUCUGUUACACCGAGUUCGCUGUUGAUAUCCCGGUGGCAGGAGGUUCAUUUGCCUAUCUAAGGGUGGAGCUUGGUGACUUCGCAGCCUAUAUUGCCGCCGGAAACAUCCUAUUCGAGUACAUCGUGGCCGGUGCCGGGGUGGCGCGUUCAUGGACAUCAUACUUCGCGACCCUUUGUAAUCAUGAGCCUGAUGACUUCCGCAUAGUGGUCUCUGGCCUCAACAAGAACUACAAUCACCUAGACCCCAUUUCAGUGGUUAUCUCUGCCAUUGUUGCUGUUUUGGCUUCUGUCAGCACAAAGGGCUCCUCCGUCUUCAAUGUAGUCGCAUCUGUAAUCCAUAUUGCUGUCCUUCUCCUCAUUGUUUGCGUUGGUCUUACCAAAGCCAACGUCGCUAAUUUCAGCAACUUUGCUCCAUAUGGGGUGAAGGGCGUGUUCAAAGCCUCAGCUGUGCUCUUCUUUGCCUACGUUGGCUUCGAUGGCGUAGCGACACUGGGCGAGGAGACAAAGAAACCAGCCCGAGACAUCCCCAUAGGCCUCGUCGGCUCCAUGUUGAUCACUAUAGUGUUUUACUGCUUCCUUGGGGCCACUCUGUGCCUCAUGCUGCCAUUCACUGCAAUAGAUGUUAAUGCGCCAUACUCUGAAGCAUUCCAGGCCGUCGGCAUGCGCUGGGUUAAAUACAUAGUUGCUUUGGGGGCACUGAAGGGUAUGACCACAGUCUUGCUAACCAACAUCAUUGGUCAAGCUCGGUACUUCACUCACAUUGGGCGGACUCACAUGGCCCCGCCAUGGCUAGCCAUCAUCAACAAGAAGUUCAGGACGCCAAUGAAUGCCACAAUUGUCAUGACAAUUGCCAAUUCCAUUGUAGGCUUCUUCACUGAUCUCAGCAUCCUCUCAAACCUCCUCUCUAUCUCUACCCUUUUCAUCUUUUCACUGGUCGCCGUCGCCCUUCUCGUGAGGCGGUACUACGUUGCCGGUGUGACGUCGAACCAUGACCGGAAUAUGUUUGUUGGGUUCCUGACAUUGAUACUGGUUUCAUCUAUUGCAACAGCAGUAUAUUGGGCAGCUACCACUAUUGCUGUUAAUAUGUUUUUGUUGGGUUCACUUGAUGUGCCAUCUUUUGUGAGGUUUGUAGUUUGGACCCUGAUCUUGAUUAUCUAUUACUUGCUUGUUGGGCUGCAUGCAUCAUAUGAUGUGGCUAAGGAGGGUUUAGGCGAGGCUCAUGGGGUAGACCUCAAAAAUAUUGGAGCUCCUGCAACACAUUCUGACAAGAAUGAAGUCUCAUUGGUUGGUUGA